AUGGCAAUGCGUUCCCUCAGCCCUGAGAUAGACUCCUCCUGUCCAAGGAGGCUCUAUCCACAUCCAAAGACCGCUCUCCUAUCCUUUGUCUGGAAGAACAAGUCUUUUGGAGACAUCCGCCUUCCCUUUGUCUCUGUUUUGCUUGGAGGGUCAAACGCCUUGGCUUUCGCGGGAGGCGCUGGCCCUGAUCCAGGGGAAGCUGGUUGAAAUUUUGCAAAGGAGCAAAGUUCAAACCGGACGUUCGGACUCUUUCGAUUUUGGGCGCUUUUGGCUGGAAGCAAAGAGCGAAUAUUUCUCCUUUUUCUAACUGAUUUGCAGAAUUUUCCCCUUGAGAUUCAAGAUACGAGGAUUUCUAUCUCUUCUUCAGCUCCUGGUCGGUUUUCAUUGAAUUUUGGGAUGCUCUGAAAGGAUAAAAGCUGGAAGAAGGAACCAUUUUUGGAAAUGAAAUUGCUUUUGUCCUGAACUCUUUGCUGUCGCUUUGCAGAAGUUAUUUUAAACCUUGAAUAUUCUGGUCGUUGGCUUUUUUUCCCCUUUCAAGAAAAAUACUAUUAAACCAAGCAUUUCUUUGUUAAAUGGGAUAAUCCUCCAGUUUAUUUCACGUUUUAGGGUUUUGACGCAAGAAACCACGAUGUGGAGGAUCCUGAUAAGCGCCAUCGUCUUCCCGGCCCUGAUCCUGGCGGCACCUCCGCCCAUAAACAAGCUGGCCCUUUUCCCGGACAAGAGCGCCUGGUGCGAGGCCAAGAACAUCACCCAGAUUGUGGGCCACAACGGCUGCGAAUCCAAGUCCAUCCAGAACAGGGCUUGCUUGGGUCAGUGUUUCAGCUACAGCGUCCCCAAUACCUUCCCGCAAUCCACGGAGUCCCUGGUGCACUGCGAUUCCUGCAUGCCGGCCCAGUCCCUCUGGGAAAUCGUGACGCUGGACUGUCCCAGCAACGAGGACAUCCCUCGAGUGGACAAACUGGUGGAGAAGAUCCUCCAUUGCAGUUGCCAGGCUUGCGGGAAGGAACAGAGCCAAGAGGGGGCGCUCUUCAACGUCUACCUGAACGCCGACGACAACCUCCCAGUCGAGGGUCCCAGUCCGCACCAGUAUGGCCACCACCAUCCAUCCGAGGAGGCCUCCAACCACCACCACCGCCAACAUGAAGAGGAACCCACAGACUGACUGCACCGAUCCCUCCCAGGACAUGAUGGACACCAUUUUGUGUCCUCCUUCCCUUUGGCUUCCAUUUUCUCUUUUAAGCACCCAUCAUGCUUUGCUCUUAGCUGGAGAUGGAGGUCCCAACCAAAGCUGGGGGAUUCUGGGACAACAUGAUUUGCCUCCCUUCCAAUAUUUUGUAGAGGAACGCUAGGUCCUGCGUGGCCACCCAACAUCUGAGCAUGGUCAAGAUGUCCAAAAUUAUCCGGACAAAGCUAGAAGAGGAUGCAGCAGUUUGCUUUUGCCCGAGUCGACUGGGAAGGGGAAGGCUUUCUCAACUCUUGUCUUCUCCUCCUCCUCUUUCUCCGUUAAUUGAGCGCAUGACUACUUUCCUGGGAUACUUUGAACUCAGUUUGAGGCAAUGGCAGUAACAACGGAGGAGGAGAGAGAAAGCUGGACAUUUUGUAAGCAGCUGGGAAAGUGGGGUUUGAGUUCUUGCAAAAUCAGGAUAGUCGGAGGGUUCUUGGCUUUGCAAAAUUGUACAGUGUGAGCCUUGAAUUUUGCAAAAUUUGAAGAAUCUUGCAUGUGCAAAAAAUGCCAAAUUCUUAGAUUUGCAGAAAUUGUAUAGCGUGAUAAUAUAUCGGCAGAGGCGGACCGCGGGAGAAAGUGACCCACCGUGGUCACUUUUAGUAAUUUGGAUAUUUUUGGGUGGGGGAAUAUUUCAUUUUUAAGGCCCAACAAGCACUUAGAAGUGAAGCACAAAUGGAUUCUCAGUUGCCACUGUGUUGUUGGAUGGUUUCUUUUGGUGGAUCGCUCUGGUUCCAAAAUCUCUAUGGUUGUGGAGGACCUCUCAGGCUCCAAGAGGAUUGUCAAAGCAAACCGAAGACAUGGAAAAGCAAGAGAUGCUUCCUUUUGGUUCCUUCGCUUCGAAAGAAACAAAUUGUUGGACUGGGAGGCUGAUGGCAAUUCUGCUUCAAAAUAAUAAUUCAAAAUAAUAAUAAUGAUAAUAAUAAUGGGUUUCCAGCUUGUGGGAGGACUCUAUUCCUCGUUUCUGAAAUGUCAGACUCUCGACUCAUCUUUUGACCCAGAGAAAUCAAACGCCACGGAGUUGAACUGGUUUAAGACUUGUUCUUGGGAAUUGUAGUUCUGAAGGGGAUGCUGGGGAGGGUCUAAGAAAUGGAUGUUCAACCAAUUUAGACCUACCUACUAAAGUUUUGUAUCUAUAACCCUCUACAUUCCCCAUCCUUUCUCAAUAACGCCGACGUUUGGUCCAAA